AGUUCAAAGUGAUUGUACCUGCUGAGCCUAUUACUGCUUUAGUGGGAGACGAUGUUGUGUUACCAUGUCACUUGUCUCCUGAAACAAAUGCUAAGAACAUGAAGGUGAGAUGGUUCCAAAAUAAGUUUUCAUCACCUGUGCACCUAUAUCAUGCUGGAAAGGAUCAAGAUAGAGAACAGAUGCCAGAAUAUAAUGGAAGAACGCAGCUUUUGAAAGAUGGCAUUGGAGAUGGUAAUGUUACUUUGCGAAUUCUCAGUAUCAGGACCUCUGAUGAAGGACAGUAUCACUGUUUUGUUGAAAAUGGCACGUAUUAUGAAGAAGGUAUACUGGAACUGAAGGUAGCAGCCAUAGGUUCUGAACCUCUCAUCUCCGUUGAGGAUUACCAGGACGGAGGGAUCUGGGUGGCAUGUCAGGGAUCUGGGUGGUACCCAGAGCCCGAGAUGGCAUGGAAAAACCCUGGUGGACAGCAUCUACAAUCAGUUUCAAAAACAGAAGCCCAAAAGGAACAUGGACUGUUUGAAAAGCAAAACUCUAUUAUUAUAAGAGAAGAUUCAUCCGAGAUCUUAUCCUGUUCUAUCACUAACUCCCACCUCCACCAAGAGAAGAUAUGCAGAAUUUAUAUAUCAGGUCCCUUUUUCCCAUCAGUCUCUUCUUGGAUGGUGGCUUUUAGUGUGAACCUUGUGGUUUCCCUCAUUUUCAUCACCCUUACCAUCUACCUUUUUAAAGUUAAAGGAAAACUCGAGGAGGAGCUAAAAUGGAGAAGAAAAGCCAAACACCCAGAGAUUUUGACUCUAGAUGCAGAAACAGCUCAUCCCAUCCUUGUUUUGUCUCAUGAUCUGAAAAGUGUAAGAUGGGGACAGAAACGGAAGAUUCUUCCUGAGAAUCCCAAGAGAUUUGACACCUGGCGCUGUGUGCUGACCUGUGAAGGAUUCACCACAGGGAAACACUACUGGGAGGUGAGGUUGGAGGGCAAGGGAGACUGGGUUGUAGGUGUUGCCAAGGAGUCUGCAGGUAGGAAAGGAUUCAUCAGUUUUAACCCUGAGUAUGGGUUCUGGGCUCUGCAGAAGUGGGGAGGUCAAUACCAGGCUUGCACCUCCCCUGUGACCCACCUCACCCUGAAUAAAACCCCCACAAUCAUCCAGGUCUAUCUGGACUGUGAAGGAGGAUGGGUAAUAUUUACUGAUGUUGUUAAUGAGACCCAUAUCUUCAGUUUUCCCAAGGCAUCUUUUGAGGGGGAAAGAAUCCUUCCUUGGGUUGGGCUGGGAGUAGGAUGUGGGCUCAAACUGUAUCCCUGAGACAUGGCUGGAAAUCGUACUGAAGGGUCUUAAAUCAAAUAUUUUAACCCAAUGGUUCUCAAACUUUUUGGACUCAAGGCACCCCUGAUUUGACUCAUUCAACUCAAAGCACCCCUCCAUGACUUUUUUUAAUGCAUUGAGGAUACCCCCAUUUAAAACUAUCUGUUAAAAUGUUUAUUUCUGUUAGAGUGACAGUAUUUGGAUUUUGGGGAGCACUGGAUUUGCAGAUGAAUAAAGGCUUUUAAUCUGUGUCUCAGCAAAAGCUGCUGGUCACAAGGCAGAUUGAUAUAUUAAAAAUAACCUUGCAAAUGCUUAAGCAAGCAGUCUUCUAACAAUGGGGUAGUGUGUAGCAUAUAUGGGUUGUUAUGGGUGUAGCAUAUAUGGGAUUGUCCUGGGGAAGAGCUUAUGGGGUUGUUCCUGCUGCAGCCCAGCUAGGUGAUUUUUCUGCCUCCCCUGGCAGCAGCAGACUUCAGCCUUUAUAUACUAUGUUCUCAAAAUGACUGCCACCAUCAGGCACCUGGUGGAUGCCUGACCCAGCCCUUAACGUGGCAGGCACCAACAGUACCCUGCCACAAUAGUUAAUUAAGGAUUGAAUUAAUGAGUAUAUAACAUGGUGCCUAAGUUAUUAGCUGUGUAUCCAUUGAUUUAAGCAUCCUUUAAGUAUAAAUAGUUCUCAACUGUUAUUCUUGUAUUAACUCAUCCUUGUACAUUGUAAAUAGAGAAUUUCAAACUUUUGAUAUUUUUUAAUGUUUGUUGGCAUGUAACAAUUACCUCCUGUAUAUAAUUCAAUUUUGUAAAUAGUUAUUUAUGAGCCUGCAAGGUCUUUCCAUUGUAAAGGGAGCCUCUCCUCUCAGGGAGCCUCCGGCCACUCCUAGGUGAGCUGAGCAGGGGGUAGAGCUACCUGAUACCCCAGGUCCCGAACAAUUAGACACAGCCAUGGAUAGUACCAUGCCCCAAGGGUCAGUGGAAAUGCAUAGUGGGUGCACAGGGGUGCACGUGUGCCCCCUGAGAGCACUGGUGCACCCCCUGACAGGCUGCGCUUCCCACUUAGGUAAUUGGCAGGGGGAGCAGGUGGGAGUGCUGGUAUCCCCCCCGUGAGCACUGGACGGGAGUGGGAGCACUUCUGGGAGUGCUGCAGCUACUUCCUGUGUUGGUGCAAUUGGCUGCAGGGGGAGCCCGCCAGUCAGCGAGAUUGGCCAUGAGGUCCCCCCCUUCCCUGGUCACUGAAUGGCCCAUGCCAAGGGUUACAAUAGGAGUACUCUGGGCUCAUUGCUGAAGUACAAGUGAUUGCAAUGUGUUGCUAUGAGGUGACAGGGAGAAGGAACUAACUAGCAAACAGCUUCUCUGAGAUGGAAGAUAGCCCCUAACCCAGUGCAUUUUCACCACUAAUGUAUCCCAGGCAAAUUCUACACUGGAUCUGAGUGAAUAUCACUUGUACAGUGGUGUGUGUCCUCAUUCUUUACUCCAGUGUAAAUGUCGCUUACACAGGUGUUAAUGUGUCAUGUGUCCAAGGAUUCACGUAACUCUGGAUGUUUCCAUUCACCAUUAAAAUGCUCAGUCCCCUUG